AUGGGGGAGCCCCCAGCCUGCCCUCAACCGCCCUUAUUUUCAGGGGUAUGUGGGAGGUUGAGGUGGUGCCGGCAGCAGUUUCCUCGUGGUCCCCUCAGGGUGGCUGCAGACACCUCCUCACCCCAGCCCGGAGGCCGCUGCCCUGGCGGUGUGCAUGGUUUGGGCUGGCGCUGGGUUCUGCUGCUGGGCUUUUGCUCACCUCAGGGUUGGCUGGAGCUGGUUCCAACUGAUUCCAGCCUAUGGAGAAGUGCACAUAAAGAUAGGAUAAAUAUGGCUUUUAAGGGUGAGGACCAUUUAGAUUCCCUUCCGUUACCUGUUCAGCGCAUGCACUUAAUUCAGGUGGACUCUGUUCAGCGAUGGAUGGAAGACUUGAAGUUGAUGACAGACUGUGAAUGUAUGUGUAUUCUCCAGUCCAAGCCAAUCAGCAUUGAGAAGGAUGAACAAAAUGAACUUAUCCUUUCCUCACGAUAUAGCACAUGUGAUAACUUACAGCUGCUGUUAAAAAGAGCUUGGAUCAUAAGCACAGAGUUGACCAGGAUUGCUCAAAAGCUGGAAAAAAAUAGAUGGCAGAGAGUCCACAGCAUGACAGUAAGAGUCAACUGCCAUGUACGCUCAAUGGUAAAUGAAUACAACACGUUCACCAGGAAUUCUUCAGAAGAAAUGCAUGAGUUUGAAAAACUUUUGAUAGACAAGUGUUCAGAAUUUACAGCAUUCACAGAAAGGUGCGUACAAACUGAAGAUGAACAUAUACUGAAGUCGAUGAAAUCUUGUAUUAAUGAAACACUCACUACUGUUGCUCAGUAUUUUGGCCAGUUAAUAGAGCUGGUUUUAACACAUGAGGCACAGAACCUGCUGAGACAAACUGAACUGUCGGAUAGUGUGUACAUCACUGAGUCAGCAAUAAGUAGUUUAUUCAGCCUUACCCAGGAAGGUGCCCAUCUGUGCCGUAUCAUAGCUAAGGAAGGAGGUGUAGUUGCCCUCUUUAAGAUCUGUCGCCAGGAUUGUUUCAGGUGCCUUUAUCCCCAGACACUGAGAACGUUGGCAUCCAUUUGCUGUGUAGAGGAAGGGAUGCACCAGCUGGAAAAGGUUGAUGGGAUACUGUGCCUGGCUGACAUUCUUACUGACAGCACCCAUUCUGAAGCUACUCAUGCAGAAGCAGCAGCAGUAAUUGCACAGAUCACAUCUCCACAUCUCACAUUCACUCAGCAUCUCAGCAGCUUUCUGGAAAAUAUGGAAGAAAUUGUAACAGCACUUGUCAAACUGUGCCAAGAAGCCUCAUCUGGUGAAGUUUUCCUGCUGGCUUCAGCAGCUCUUGCCAAUAUUACUUUCUUUGAUACCAUGGCUUGUGAAAUAUUGCUCCAGUUAAAUGCAAUGAAGAUUCUUCUAGCAGCAUGUUCAGACAAACACAUAGUGGAUACUCCAUACUCCCGAGAUCAGGUGGUAACAAUAUUGGCAAACAUGUCUGUCUUGGACCAGUGUGCUUCAGAAAUCAUUCAAGGAAAUGGUGUUCAACUUUUAAUGGAAAUGCUCUUUGAAAGAUCAUCUUCAGGAAAUUCAGCAGAAGUUGCUGCUUGUGAGCGAGUCCAACAGAAAUCUGCAGUUACACUGGCACGACUCAGCCGAGAUCCUGAAGUGGCAGAUGCAGCCGUAAAACUCAGCUGUAUUCCUCGCCUAAUUAAACUUUGCAGAUCACCAACUGAAAGAAAUAACAGUGAUUCUGUUUUAGUGGCAUGCCUGGCAGCCUUACGGAGACUAGCAGUUAUGAGUCCUGAUGGCCUUGAAGAUUCAGAUUUUCAGCAGCUUGUAAAGCCCAGACUUGUGGAUUCCUUUCUGCUAUGCACAAAUAUGGAAGAGAGCUUUGUAUAAAUGCGAGCCAAAAACAUUUGAAAAUAAUCAAGAUGAUAG